AUGAGUUGUAUGCAGAGAGUAGCUAACCCAUGUCUCUCAAAUUACCUUCUAGAAACAGAAUAACACUGUGAACCACAAUUUUUAAACAACUCUAAUUUUAUUUUGAGCCCUCGGAGAACGAUCUACGUGUGGGAAUCAUGAAAGAGUUUAACAUCUUCUCCAUCUGGUUCAUCAACCUGUUGCUGCUGGAGAGCUCAUUGUGUGCUGGUGACUCAAGUGUUGUGAAUCCCUGUUGUUACUACCCUUGUCAGAACUCAGGAGUGUGUGUGAGAUUUGGUGCAGAUCGCUACGAUUGUGACUGCACUCGCACCGGCUUCUACGGAGUCAAUUGCACUGUUCCGGAGCUCUGGAGCAGAGUUCGUCUCAUGCUGAAGCCGAGCCCUACGUCGGUUCACUACAUCCUCACCCACUUCCACUGGAUCUGGGACCUCGUCAACAGCUCCUUCCUACGAGACACAUUCAUGAGAUUAGUGCUGACAGCGAGAAGCGACCUUAUUCCAAGCCCUCCGACCUACAAUACCAAGUAUGGCUACCUCAGCUGGGAGUCCUACUACAACAUCUCCUACUACACCCGUCUCCUUCCUCCUGUACCUGAAGACUGCCCUCUGCCGAUGGGAGCUAAAGGUAAACCUGAUCUUCCUGAUCCCAAAGUGCUGGCUGAGAGGUUUUUUAAGAGAGAGACAUUUAGGCCAGACCCUCAGGGAACCAAUCUGAUGUUUGCCUUCAUGGCCCAACACUUCACCCACCAGUUCUUCAAGACAAACCAUGAAGUUAAUGGUGCUUUCACCAAGGCUUUAGGACACGGGGUAGAUGCGAGCAAUAUCUAUGGAGACAACCUCAUGCGACAGCUUCAACUUCGGCUUCUGAAAGAUGGAAAGCUGAAAUAUCAGAUAGUAAAUGGUGAGAUGUACCCUCCUACUGUAGCUGAAGUCCCUGUGCACAUGGUUUAUCCUGAAAACUUCCCUCCAGAGAAGUGUCUGGCCAUCGGUCAGGAGGUAUUUGGCCUCCUGCCGGGCCUCACCAUGUACGCCACCAUAUGGUUGAGGGAGCAUAACAGAGUCUGUGACAUCCUGAAGGCAGAACAUCCCACCUGGGACGAUGAGCAGCUCUUCCAGACCGCCAGACUCAUCAUCAUUGGAGAGAUCAUUAAUAUCAUAAUAGAAGAGUACGUGCAGCAUCUGAGCGGUUACCUGCUGGACCUGAAGUUUGAUCCCAGUCUGCUCUUCAACGCACGUUUCCAGUACAGCAACCGCAUCGCUCUGGAGUUCAGCCACCUCUACCACUGGCACCCGCUGAUGCCUGACAGCUUCCUCAUCGAUGGAGAUGAAAUUCCGUACUCCCAAUUUAUUCACAACACCUCCCUCCUCCUGCACUACGGGGUGGAGAAAAUGGUGGAUGCGUUCUCUCGUCAGCCUGCAGGACAGAUCGGUGGAGGUCGCAACUCUCAUGUGGUAGUGCUCAAAGUGGCAGAAAUGGUCAUCAAAGAGUCUCGAGCAACACGUGUGCAGCCCUUUAAUGAAUACAGGAAGAAGUUUAACCUAAAGCCGUACACCUCUUUUGAUGAAUUUACUGAUGACAAAGAAAUGGCCAGAGGUUUAGAGGAGCUCUAUGGUGACAUAGAUGCUUUGGAGUUCUACCCCGGCAUCCUGCUGGAGAAAACACGCCCCGACAGACUGUUUGGUGAGAGUAUGGUGGAGAUGGGUGCUCCCUUCUCCCUGAAGGGCCUGCUGGGAAACCCCAUCUGCUCCCCUGAGUACUGGAAGCCCAGCACCUUUGGGGGAGAGACGGGCUUCAAUAUCGUCAAAACUUCCACUUUGAAGAAACUGGUGUGCCUCAACACCAAGUGGUGUCCAUACGUGGACUUCCAUGUUCCACAAAAUGAAGAGGAGGAAAAACCAAGGGAACCGUCCACUGAGCUUUAAAGAAUAUUUCAUUAAUUGCAAUCAGUGGGCAAUCCCUGGGGUCUGAGAAGUGAAGCCAAUCCUGAAGUGCCUUCAACUUGCAUUCUUUCCAAUAGCCAGCAGGGGGCGACUCCUCUGGUUGCAAAAAGAAGUGUGGUUGUAUAGAAGUCUAUGAGUA